UUGAGCUUAGCUGCCUCCCUAGCUUAUAUGACACCAUAGCGCCCCCUACCUGCGGGCCCUGUCAUAACACUAGUGUUGCCAAGCAGCCGAACUAAGGCAACCCUCUCUGUUCCCUUUCCUGUCUCAUUAUUUUUGUUUUGUUAUUGAUUUAAUCCUGUCUUGUUUUACCUUUAGUUUUCAAGAAGACUUAAUCUGCAUGAACCAUCAGGGAAUUCUCAGUAAUAUGUUGAUGACGUAAACUACCCCAGUCAUUAGAAUGACCCACUAAGUUUCAACCCAUCGACACAUUUGCUCAGACUCUUUCCCUGUACCAACAUACCCACACACACACCUACUAUCUGCCCUGCCUACGCACCGCCAGGGUAAAUAUGUGUUUAAGUUGUGCCAUUGACUGUUCACCCCAGUUAGCUGCACAACACAUGACAUAGGAGUAGUACAGAGCUCACUUAACUUGUAGGGACUUGCAUUGGCCUCUUGUGCUUUUCUCUCUCGCCCCCCAGUGCGCCAGCAUGUCCAGAUCAUCCAGUCCUGCCACCCACUGGGACCAUCUAGGGGCCUGGCUGAGCGCAAUGAAGGAGGCCCUCCUGCCCGAGGCGACCAGGGACCUACCGGACUGGACCCAUGAGCAGCUGGAUGGUGACUUGAACCGGCUGAUGGCCUACGAUCCAGUACAGAGCUACACCCACAACGAGCUGGUCAAGAUCAUCAGGGCCCUUGCCCACAACCUCAUCACCCAGGUGAAGCUGAGCGAUGGAACCGUUACCCUCCUGGAGCAAGACACAGUAGCACUAAAGCUUCAGGCCGAGGAGGCUCGCAGGAACCAGGCAGACGCCCAGAAUCGCCUAGAUCAACUGACCCUGGAGGCCCAGAAGCCGGCAAAGGAGGAGUGGCACGUAGAGCUAAAGGAGGAGGUGGAAAGGCUACAGGAAACUUUGACCGACCUCCGUACACACACCGAGCGCAGAGAACGAUUGGAAAAACAGGCCCGCGAGGACCUGGAAUGCAAGCUCCAAGAAGCAGAGACUCUUUUAAAACGAGCUGAAACCGAACUGAAAGAGAGAGAGGCAAAAGCCAAAGCCUCCAAAAGACACUUUCAAGCAGCCCGAGCUGAAGUCCAAGCCUUGGCUCAGCAACAAGACCAACUCAAAGCUGAAUUUGAUACAGUGCAAAGAGAACUGAAGUACGCCUAUCACUUCCAGGCUGAACAAAAGGGGGGAAAACACACCACUGAAUCUCCCCCGACAAGUUGGAACAGACUUCCCAGCCAAGCGAGGUCCAAGAAAGAGGAAGCUGGGAAGCCAAACCCUGCAGGAGGACACGACGUACAUGCCUACCUGCAGGAUAUUGACUUUCAUUUGGAAACCAUGGUUAAUGUUUCCACCAGAGACAGACUGUAUUUGCUCAGGAUUACCUCCAGCCGCGAGGUGCGCAGCUUCCUGUACCGGCAGUCAGACACUGUAAAAAGGGAUUACAAGCAACUGCAGCAGGUUCUAAUAAAGGAGUUUUCAUACCCAGAGUCUGAGCAGGGACUGGUUGCUGCCAUGGACCUCAAACAGGGCCGUCUCGAAACCCCACCGGCUUAUUAUAAUAGACUGAGACAAACCUACUUUGGGGCCAGAAAUGAGCCAGAAAUGGAGGAGGAUUUUAACUUGAGAAUUAUUUUCCUGCGUAACCUGCAUCCUAGUGUGAGUCAUCACUUAGGAGUUAUGGCAUGCUCCCGCACCAUGACCACACAACAGCUGCGGGACAUGGCCCAUAAGGCCUAUGUUAAGCACAAGACUACCUCUUAA